ACAAGACAUCUCUCUACUUUGCCUGCAGAUAAAUAAAAUGCGAUCUGCUAAUAAAUGUAAAUAUGACAUGAGCAGGCUGUGUCACGUUUGAAGAUGAACACUUCCUCUUCCUGUACAUUUUAUUUCUUUGUUUAUUUUUGGACGUGAAUGUUUUCGCUAGGUUAUUUAUUGAGCAACGAAAUUUUAAACGUGGUAUUUUUCCAUUACAAUGCCAGACUCGGAAGUAAAUGCUGAGAUGACUACUGUUGCAAAUUUAUCUUCUGAUGAUCAUCUUAUAUCCGAAACUUUAAUUUCAUCAAGGGAACCAAAGUCGGAUUUAGCAGACAAUCAGUGUGUGUCACCUUCAGUUAAUCAAAAUGUUAUUGAGUCAUUAUCUACUUCUUUAACCAGUGCAUCUGUUACAUCUAUCCCUGUUACAACUUCAUCCAGUGCAAUUACAGAAAAGACGGCAAUAGACGACAGUAAUACAUCAGACCUAAAAGAAAUCGCUACGCUUGUGUUUUUUGAUUUAGAAACUACAGGACUGGGGUAUUUUGUUGGAAAAUCUAAUGUACAAAUUACGGAGAUCUCAAUGAUAGCCGUCGAUAAAAAGGAAUUUCAAAUAAGUAAUUAUCCCGAUCUACGAGAUGUUAGAAUAAUUCACAAAUUAAGUUUGUGUGUGCGACCAAGGAGUCCAAUUUCACCCAUGGCAGCAAAAAUAACUGGUUUAAAUGAUUCAAACUUAGAAGGUCAGCAGCCCUUUGAUCAAAAUGCAGCUCAAAUGAUUAUCUCUUUCCUUUCUCAUCUUCAGAAGCCUGUAUGUAUUUUAGCUCACAAUGGUGGUACAUUUGAUUAUCCACUUCUGAAAGCUGAAUUCAAGCGACUUGCAUUGGAACUGCCAUUAGAUUUGCGCAUUGCUGAUUCAUUAUAUGGAAUGAGAUCUGUGGGGAUUCCCGAAUUGCCAUUCGAUCAAAAACCAACAAAAGCAGUUAUUUUCAAAAAUGGCCGUCUGUCUCUUUCCCUAGAAAAUUUGCAUGUAUAUUUCUUUGGUAAAAAACCUUAUGGUAGUCAUAGCUCAGAAGGUGAUUGUAUUACUUUAGCAAAGAUUUGUCAUAAGAUGCGAGAUAAGCUUCUGCCUUGGGUUGAUAAACACAGUAAAUCAUUUGAUACAGUAAAACCAAUGUGGUAAAAUAGUAUAUUUGAAUGUUUUGCAUUUGUUAGUUACAUAUGACCCGAGUGUUAUGCAUUUCAUGAUCUUAUGUAAAUUUUUUAAAAGAAAAAAUGGUAUUUUAUAAUUAGAUAUAAAUCAAUACACUUUAGUAGUUUAAUCUGAAUAUGUUUAGAGCAGUAAGCUUAUCACAAAGUUUAUCUGCAGUAUUAAAUAAUUUUCUUAACUUUUUUAAUCGGGUAUUGAAAUUGAGAUCUGCUGAGUGUUGAGUGAUAUACAAUGUAACAUUUUUAUUCAUAGAGUGUAUGAAUGAUCUUUAGUAUGAUAUAUGAUAGUCUGAUUUUAAAAUGAGUAUUAAUGGUUAACAUUACUAAAUUGACAUGUAAACGUAUAUAUACAGAAAGAAAUGUGUCAAUAAGUAUUUUGAACAAUCAUAAAAGCAUAAACAUGUUGCAAAUUAAUAUUUGAAAAAUGUACAUUAAUUUUAGUAGUGUCCUGUUAUGAGGACCAGACUGAGAAAUGUAUGUAUGUAUGCAUAUAUAUAUAUAUACACUUACAUACGAACAUAUGUGUGUAUGCACAUAUUACAUAUAUGCACAUACAUACCUGCAUAUGGGCUUUCACACAUAUAUCUCUGAAUCUCGUCUCGAUAACAGAAGAGUACCUUAAUUUUUUAAUCAUUAAGUGUUGUUGUAUUAACAUAAUUAUUAUUUCAAACUGUAAUUUGAUUAAUGCUGAUGAGUUACACUAUUUUUAAAAUAUGUUAACUAGAAAAGCAGUUCUUAGAAAAUCCAUUUUCUCCAUUCAAAUUAAAAUCUUUCUUCAUAAAUUUCUGACAAAUAAUUUAAUUAUUGUCUUUAUGUGCUGCAUGAACUGCUUUAAUUAUUGUCUUUAUGUGCAGUAUGAAACUUUCAGAAUUAGAUAAUUAUUAAAGAGUUAUCAGAUAUUAAAAUUAAAAAUAUAGUGAAAUUUCUUAUGCUGACCACUUCUGAAGUAUUUCUUGAGAGCACAAUUUAAUAAAGAUAUAUAUAUUUGAUAUUAUUGAUGAUCAUAUUCUUUCAGAUAAACUCUUCUAUAGGAUGCCAAACUUGUCUGAAAUCAUUGUUUACUGUUGUAAAUAAGUUUCACUGUAAUACAGAAUAUGUUAUCAUUGAAAUUUAAUAAUUUAUUUUUGUAUUUUACACACUGUUGCAGUGCUAAUAAAAGAGUUUUCUUAAAACUUGAAA